CUUCUUCAAUUUUGUGCCGUAAACUGAAAUUACCACCUCAUUCUUCUUCUACUUGCCUAAAUUCGAAUGGCUCAGAUGGUUUAACCGACGAAUUUAUUGGGCUGUCGGCUUAUGAAUAGUUUCAUUGUCGUGAUUGGUACUGGGAUACAAGUGAUUCGGAGGUAGAAGUGUUCGGCAAUACACUCCAACAUCACUGGAAGAAUGAACAAAGGUGGAGUAGGUCUUACUAGUGGAGGCAGUGGGCCAACAUCAGCGGCGGCAGCAGCAGCAGCUCAGAAGCAGAAGACACUGUUACAAAGAGUCGACACUGACAUAACCAGCAUUGUUGAGAAUUUCAAUCACCUGGUUAACGUUGCAAGGGUGAGUGAUCCGCCAGUUAGGAAUUCACAAGAGGCAUUCAUGAUGGAGAUGCGUGGAGCGAGAAUGGUUCAGGCAGCAGAUUCCUUGCUGAAAUUGGUAUCGGAGCUGAAGCAGACAGCUAUCUUUUCCGGGUUGGCAUCCUUGAAUGAGCGUGUUGAGCAGCAAACUGCUGCAUUUGACCAGCAAGCCGAGAAAACAGAGCAAAUGUUGUCUAGAAUUGGAGAGGAGGCAGCUGGUUGCCUGAAAGAACUUGAAUCCCAUUACUACUCUUCUGCCCAAAGGAUCGACCAAGGCGAACAAUGAAGGUUGGAGAGGAGACAGCCGGUUGCCUGAGAACUGCAGUUUGCAGCCUUUAUUUUUAACAGAUCUCUUUUAACCUAAUUUCACUAGGAAAGAGAUUUAACCCACCCAAAGCAAAAGCCAUAUGAUGCUCAUGCAGUUAGUACCUCAGUUUAUUCCAGCCAUGCGCAGACAUGCUCAUUCUACAACAACAUUCUUGGUGCAUUUGAAGACGGGCACAAAAAGUCCUGACGUGUAUUAUUUGAUCGAAUGUGAUGUAGGCAUGUAGCCAUAUGACACGCUGAUUUCAGAAGUCGAACUAGUUAUGCUUAGUUCAUAUAUCUUAAAGUAAUGGAACCAGUGUUUAUCUUUAUAUUU